CUGUUAGAAACACUGCUGCUCAACCACGAAGAGUACAACCACUCUUAAAUACAGGAAGUGUUGCUUACCACCCGCCUCUCUUCCUUUCUGUGCUGUACACUUUCCGGUGCCUGAGGACUCGUUUCAGUCCCUUCGGCCUCUGACGGGUCACCGCUUCAGUUAAGCCGUUCACCAAAAAUGAUGGGAAGCUGCGAGGGCCUGUCUUCAUGUCUGCACAGAUCCAGAUAUAUCAGCUGGUGUGUAGACUCUGCAGAGUCACCAACACCUGAAACUACACCUCUCACAGCAGCAGAGGAAUCUUCACAGCGAAACAAUCAGCAGGCUGGUUCAGGACCGGUCCCGCUUCUCCUUCUGUCCCCACCAGAAACCAGUGGAGGAGAACCAAACGCAGCCCUCCCCCACCAACGCUCACAGCCAACGAAAACAAAGAGGACGCAUCAACGCUCCUGUUGCUCCCGGUCCAAGCCUCGGACCAACAACGCCUCCAAAUGUCACGCUGAAGAUGAUGGUGAUGAUGGGGGAGGACGGGGAAACAAAGAGGACUCGUCUCUUCUGCAUCCGGGGAGCAGAAGCUUCCUGCUUCCUAGAAGCAGUCCGGUCAUCUCCAGACGCCACAUGCCCAUCUCCUGGCACGGCGUGUGCACCGACACCUCUGACCCAUCAAGCUCCUACUCCCGGUCUCCUGCUUCUGGUUCGCUGUCUCUUGAUUGGUGUGGGUACCCGGCAGACACCGGUGCACAGGAUGUGGGACCCAAACCGGACCCCUGUCAACAGCCGUCCCCUUGGGCGGACAAGAAGCCGCGCUGUGUCUCCACCUCAACACAUCCCAAUUGGCUCCAACUUCCCUUCAGUGGACAGCAGGGCCACGGCUCUGAUGCCCCCCACUCAUCAGGCGUGUCUACCUCAACACAACCCAGCAAAGAAAGAGGGAGCGGUGAUAUCUGGAAAUUCUCUGCAGACAUCUUUAAGAGCAGUUGUGAGCUGGAAAAGGAGAAUGCUCAUUUUGUUGUGGUGGACAUGGUGCUGGAGGUGCUGGAAGCUGCGAAGUGGAGUCUGAACCAUGAGGGGCAGACACACUGCAACACGUGCACAGACAGACAGAAGAGCGCGGCGGAGGACAAACACAGACACACGCAGAGCUGCAGUUCAGGCGAUCCUGCACAAGACAACACUGAGACAUCAAACGGAAACACACACACUCACCGACGCAAGCAGGAUGAAGAGGAAGCUGACCACUUGCCUAAGACUUUCUCUGUUCUCUCCAGUGACAGUGGGUUUGAAGACUAUGUAGUCGACACAACACUGACACCAACAUAUUUUCUCACAAACGCAGAGUGUCUGGCGCAGCAGCUUGUGCUGGACUUCAGGAGGAGCUGGCUUCCCUCCCAUGAGCCUCGCCGUGGAAGGAAAAGCCUCCGUAGCUGCCUGCAGGAGCUGCCAGGAACUGGAGGAGUGGCGGUGAGCAGUGAAAGCCUGGCAGAGAAGAUCAGACUGAGGACCAGGAUGAGAGGAUCCCUGAGCUGGGCCCCCCCACGCUUCCAGAUCAUCUUCACUGCUCAGCCGACACACAGACGCAGUGAGGUUGUUGCUCUGCAGCACUUCCUGUGUGCAGGCUGUGGGACAGCGGUGGAGCCUAGGUACAUCAAGAAACUGCGGUAUUGUGAAUAUCUCGGCAGGUAUUUCUGCGACUGCUGCCACGGCGGCUCUGAGGCUGUGAUUCCAGGUCGACUUCUGUCCUGCUGGGACUUUGGCAGAUACCCUGUGAGUGAUUUCUCCAAACAGCUGCUGGAGUCCGUGUGGCAGCAGCCUCUGUUUGACCUGACCUGCGUGGGUAAGACUCUCUACAGCCGAGUGAAGGAGCUCCAAAAGUUCAGGGAGCUUCAGGAUCAGCUGAUGGGCAUCAAGAAGCUGCUGACAGCCUGCAGGUUAUCUGGAAGGGUGAUGGCAGAGUUUGAACAACUUCCUGCUCACCUGACGGAGCAGCCCCACCUCUUUUCCAUGGAGGACUUGUUGAGGGUGAAGAAGGGUCAGCUUAUGGCUCAGGCCAGAGCGCUGCUACACUCUGCUAUUGAACACGUUGAAAACUGUGAGUUGUGUCUGGCCAGAGGUUUUAUCUGUGAGUUCUGCAGAGAAAGAGACAUCAUCUUUCCUUUUCAGAGUGACACAUGUAAGCGCUGUCCAGUAUGCAGGGCCUGCUUUCACAAACGCUGCUUUGUAGAAAAGAAGUGUCCCAAAUGUGCACGGAUCCAAUCACGGAAGAAACGUCCAGAUGGAUCCGUGAAGUGACGUCUGAACAUCUGCAUUACUUUUAUUACUGUUUCACAUAAAGCACUGAUGCAUUUCUGUACCCAUCACCAAAUCAGGGAAGACAAACUCACAUGUUUAACUACAAGUAUUUCAUGUUUCCCGUGGAAAUUAAAGAGUGUAUUUUCUGACUUAUGUGCAAAAACCUUUUUGAAUUGUCUUUUGUUUUUUCCUUGUAUUUUUAUGACGUUUGUUUGGUGUUUGCAGCCAUUCUCCCUAACUUGGAUGACAACUUUUUGACAACAAUUCACAAAGACUUUAAAACCAAAGCAGACUUCUAGCUCUCGGUUUCAGAAACUUGUGUCCUGCACUUCUGGUGACUUUUACGAAUUAAAAUGUCAAAUGAUUAAGUACAUUGCAACACUAUAUGUUAAUUUAUAGAAUAAUUUGCCCCUCUGCGUUGAGGAUUUCUCUCUUUCUCUCUGUCUGAGGAGGUCUAAUCUCUCCUUUGAGUCACCUUCAUGCCACAACAAACAUUUGGUGUAGAUGUAUUGUUGUCUGGAUGGAAACAGUAAACGUAGGGCUUAAAGGGGUGAUAGAAUGCAAAACUGAUUUGACCUUGACAUAGUUGAAAAAACGACAGUUUGGAGGGUAAAGAGAACAUAUAUAGAACCUCUAAAUCCCAUUGACACAUCUGUCCUCUGAAAAUCUUACAAUUUGACACUGCCUCAGAAAACUGGCAGAUCUCAACACAGCUCAAAGUUGACGUUAACUAUGUGACUCCUACUUUAUUUGGCUCUGGUCUCUAGUCUUUGUCAUGCCCCAACAUUUACAUAGGCUACCCCACUGAACUGAGAUCAGCUAGUCUUUUGAAUCUAGGUUGUACAGAUCUCAGGAAUUUUAUGCAUUGUUCAUCUGCUAUUUCAUUACUAAAUUUACUUCAGAUACUUUUUUUAUGUGAG